GUUUGUUAGAGUCAUAAAGUGAAGUUACCAGAUUUAUGUUCAGAUAUUGGGCAAUUUUGUGGCAUUGAAAUGGUCAGUUUAGAUUGACCAUCUUCAUCAUUCAAUAUUAUUUCAAAAUAGUUUCAUCAAUUGCAAAUUCAAACAACUGUUCACAAACAGUUGUUUAAAUCACUCAAAAUAGACUCAAAGGACCAAAACAAUGACCCAUGGAGCAACUAACAAGUGUGUGUUAAAUAUGGAUUCAUUAGACCUGGAUGACCAACUAACGAUAGUGAAUCGGUCAACAGAAUACCGUAUUAGUAAAAAACUGAUUCGUAAAGUGCCUUAUUUUGAAAAGAUGUUGAGCCAUGAAUGUUUGGAAUCAAAGGAAAACAAAGUUGAAUUGGAUUUUGAUAAGCAGACCUUGGAAAUAAUUCUGAGUUUAGUUAAAAGCGAUUAUACUGUUAUCACGAUUGAGAUGAACUAUGUAAUUACUUUGUACGAGUUGGCUGAUUAUUUGGGUCUGGAUUGGAUUUCAAAAGAGUGCAUCACCUAUUUCAAUGACAACUUUUCAACUGAAAAUCUUCAGAAUGUUAUACCUCAAGUGACUAAAACAUCUAAAUGUAUAAACUCUGGUGCUCUUAAUGCUUUCAUCUGUCGCUAUUUCCUAAAGAUAGCAAACACAACUUUUUGGAUUGGAUAUCCUAUUGAAACGAUUGCAUACAUUUGUGCUUUGGAUCUGAUGGUCUAUUCAGAAUAUCAAGUAUUCGAUGCAAUCCUGAGAUGGGUGAAUUACAAGGUUGAUUCUAGAAAGCGUUAUCUUGAAAGAUUAUUAAAGUUAGUCCGAUGGUGCCAUUUGAACGAGGGAGAUUCAUCUAAAAUAAAAGAAAAUGAAUUGUUUAAAUCUUCAGGCUUUAAGCCAAUAUUUUGUACUCCUCGAAAGGUUAAUUGCAAUUGUACCUUCAAUCGAGCCAAGCAAAACUUUUUCAUCAUGAUUGAAAAAUUUGAGAAGAGUACAGAUCUACGAAUCAAAGUACUUGACAAUAACUUGACACAACUGUUCAGUCAAGUCAUCAAACAUGAUCCGUGUUUGCCUUCAGAGCUUUUCCAUGAUGAACACAUUUCUGACCUUCUUUUCGAUACCAGAAGGAAUUCCUUUCAAAUAGACUGGAAACGUAAAAAAUUUAUGUGGUUUUGCCCUCCACAACCUUAUACUCAAUUGCUUAAAACAAUCGAUGGAAACAUUGGACAAAGAAUUCAACUUAUCGGGGAUUUAGAAACAGGAGAAAAGAUUGAAGAUGGUUCUUUAUACUUAGAGGCAGCUGAAAAUUUUGGUAUGAUUUACAUUUUAGCGGGGCGUUUGUACUAUUUUCCCAGGUACCCCUGCUUAAAUCAUCAUACGUUUCCGAGUCUAAAACAAUGCAAAGCAACUAUUUUGAAGGAUAAGAUUUACUUGCUGACAAAUAAACGAGUGCUGUACGAGUUUAAAAUUGAAGUUGAUAAUAAUUUGCUUAGACGGACUUGGAGUCAGCGCUUAUGGGAUGAUAAAUUCAGUUUUUCGAAUACACUGUUAACACCGAAUCCAGCUGGUGAUAAAAUUAUUUUGAUUGAUAAAGUCACAAAAAAAUACAUUUGUUUCGAUGCCAACACUAAAAUGAUUUCAAAGGGUUGUAUGAUAACUUAUUCCUUUGCUGAUGGCCAAAAAGAGUCCAACAGUCUGUAUACUUUGACCUCAACUUUUCUUCCUUUAAAAACCAUCAGAACUUGCUUAAACUCUAACCUUGCUUAACUCAUAUAAUUAGUUCACUAACAUUAUUCAUACACCGAGUACUUUAUGAACCUACUAAAGCUUAAAAAUUGUCUGCAAACUAAAUUUACUACAUUGUAAUGACAAAUGUACUUGAAGUUUUCAAAAAACAUCCAAACUUUUUCUUGUAUUUUAAAACUCUGAGAUCAUUUUUGAUUAAAAAUACUCCAAUUUUUGA